AUGGCAGAUGCCCGGACUCGAGUUCAUCAUGCAGCCCAUGAUGACGGUGGGGUUGGAACCUCAGGGGUACCACAAGUUGCAUCAGGUACAAGGUCCGUUACAAUAGACUCCGUCGAACUGGCAAGAAUUAUUCAAGAAGGGAUAGCAGCGGGUAUGCAACAAAAUACUCGGGCAGCAAUAAAGUUCACCCCUAAUACUCCAUUCACUCCAGAAGUCCUCUCGUAUCCCCUUCUCGAUAGGUUCAAGUAUCCUCGGAUAAAGGAGUAUGACGGAACAACCGACCCCAUCAAUCAUCUCAAUGUAUACACGGAUAUCAUGAAUUUACAGGUUGCACCAGAUGCGGUAAUGUGCAAGGCAUUCCCCCAAACCCUCACGAAUGCGGCUAGAGAUUGGUUUUCCACAUUGGAACCGAACUCCAUCACCUCCUUCUCAGAUUUGGCUGAUAAGUUCUCCGCUUUCUUUGCGAGUAGCAAACGAAUCAGAAAGACAGCCGCAUCGCUCAUGCAGAUCCCCGAUCUACAUAUCACAGCUGCAGUCUCAGCUCUGACUUACGCCAUUAAGUGCGAAGCGUUCAAAAUGUCCUUGUCUAAAACCCUGUCGAAGUCAGUAACCGAGCUACUCACACGGGCUGAGAAAUACAUCAAUAUGGAAGAAACCAUGGCCCCAAAAAGGGAAGUUACCUCAUCAGGGAGAGAUCACUGCCAUACAACAGAAGACUGUCUGGCCUUAAAGCGGGAAAUCGAAUCUCUUAUAAGAAGGGGAUUUCUGAGCUCUUACAUUAACAAUGGCAAAUGCCUGAGGAAUAACCAAAACGGGGGGAAAGGCCCAGAGGAUCGGGAAAACAAGCAACCAACUGCAUGCACUAUCAAUAUCAUUGUCGGAGGAAUAGCCUCGGGAGGGGACUCUAGCAGUGGGCGAAAACAGUAUGCUAGGCAGCCACCAAUCAUCUCAAGACCAGAUCUUGGUCGUACAGAGGACAUCAGUUUUGGAAUGGAUGACUUGGAAGGCAUAGCAUUCCCCCAUGAUGAUGCCCUUGUCAUAUCGGCCAUCAUCGCCAACUUUGAAGUCAAGAGAAUUCUGGUAGAUAACGGAAGUGCAGCAAACGUGCUGUCUCACGAAGCUUUUGUUCAAAUAGGGAUCUCGUCAGAACAACUAAAGCCAGUGAAAACACCCCUCCAAGGGUUUGGAGGUGGGGUCAUCACCCCGGAAGGUAUCGUCGGGUUACCCUUAACAUUGGGAGCCGGAGCCGAAGGUAAACAGGUGACGCAAAUCACUACCUUUGAAGUCGUCCGUAUACCAAUGGCUUACAACACCAUAUUGGGAAGACCAAUGCUCAACAGAAUUCGAGCUAUUGUCUCAACUUUUCACCUGGCUAUGAAAUUCCCUAUUUCUAAUGAGCUCGAGCUCGAGCACGAAAAUUACGGAAGGCUGGCUCCGAUAGAAGGAUUGGAGGAGGUCGAGAUUGAGCCUGGAAGAAAAGUGACAGUUGGUUGGGGGUUAGAUACAGAGGUCAUGGCUGAGCUUCUAAGUUGUCUCUCCCGGAACAUUGAUGUAUUCGCUUGGAAUGUUGAGGACAUGCCUGGAAUUGAUCCAGAGGUUGCAGUACAUAGACUUAACGUGAACCCGGAAGUAAAACCUAUGAAGCAAAGGAAGAGGCAGUUUGCACCGAAACGACGAGAAGUCAUAAAAGAGGAGAUUACCAAACUCCUUAAUGCACAGUUCGUUUGA